GGAGCGCUUCUCAGCUCAUUAAUCAUUUCAUUUCUCAGCCCAACACAACAAACACAAGUGACGAGUAUUCCUAGAAAGCAUCACUUUCACUAACUCUUAACUGUCCUCAUCCUUGAGACAAGUCGUCACAUCAAUCUCUAUCAAUCAGAAAUGGAGUUCAAAGUUCGCAAGGAGUCGCAAACUCUUUUGGAGAAGAUCUUCAACAACCACGAGCGACGGGGUGUGGUGCGUGGCUACCAAAUGCCCACGCUUCUCCGCUCACUCAAUCCAGAGUUGAACUACAACGAGACCGAGCUGAAGGAGUUGGUCGACGACGAGGACACGAAUGGGAGCGGUCUAGAUUUUGACGCUUUCUCCCGAAUUUCCCUUCACUUUCUACUCAAACAGGUGAGAAGAGAAAGCAAUGACUUUUCUCACAAGAAGCUUGUUCGUCCUGGCGACUUCCCGGAAGCGACGUAAAUACACCAGCGAUAUGAAAUGCAUUGAACCAUCCACCCACAAGCUAACCCACGAUAAUGCAAUCAUGAUCGAGAUCAAUAAUAUGCUUGGUAGUUACAUAAUUGCUAUAAAAAAUUUACACACAAUUGAAAUCUCUCCCUUCGUGACUCGCUCCUCAAAAAAUGAAGUUUAUUUGUUUCUAACUUUUGGUACAAAAACAAUAAAAUACAGUUUAUUGGAA